GAGAGAGAGAGGAGGAGAGAGGGAGAGAGAGAGAGAGAGGGAGAGAGAGAGAGAGCAGGUCACCGGGCUGGUACCGGAACGCGCGCUGCAGUCGGUAAAUAAACGGAGUAAACGGAAGGAUGCGCUGAGGAAACAGCCAGAGAGGAUGAAGGCACGGCGGACCGGUAAAAGCGCUGAUGUAUAAACCAUGGAGAAACGGGUCGUGGUGACGGCGGUGAGCCUGUUUAUGAGCGUCCUGGCGCUUGUCCUGCUGGUCACCGCCAUCUUCACCGAUCACUGGUACGAGACGGACACGAGGCGGCACAAGCGCAACUGUGACCGCUACGGAGCCGAGUCCACCGACCAGAAGAACCGGGACAUGCCCAUCUACCACCUGCCGCUGGUGGACAGCGGGGUUAGCGGGGGCUCGAGACGGAACAGUGUGGCUCUGAUGAAGCCGAUACACGUCGGGAGUCGCGAGGAGGAGCUGCUGGAGAACUGGAGAGCGAUUUUGGGCAUGGGCAUUUUGGAGACCGAGUGCGGGCGCCCGCUGUUUCCAACGCACUACGGGCUGUGGAGGAAAUGCUUCUUCCGGGGCGUGGAUCCCGACAUCGACCGGCUCAUUUCAAAGGGUAUAGCAGAACGCUGCACUCCUGUUAAAUAUCACUUCUCUCAGCCGAUCCGACUUAGGAACAUCCCGCUAAAUCUGACCAGGACCAUUCAGCAGGAUGAGUGGCACCUCCUACAUCUGAGAAGAAUAACAGCAGGCUUUAUGGGAAUGGCUGCUGCUGUGCUGCUUUGUGGUUCAAUCGUCUCUGCAGUUGGAUUUUUCUGGGAGGAAAAACUUACACAGCAUGUGUCAGGACUGUUGUUCCUAAUGGCAGGAAUUUUCUGCACCAUUGCCCUGUGCACAUACUCAUCCAGCGUGACAUACGACCUCUCGCGGAACCCUCCGUUCAUCUACGGUCUUCCGGGCGAUGUAGAUCAUGGAUUUGGUUGGUCGGUUUUGUGUGGGUGGACGUGUCUCGGGCUGACAGCAGUGUGCGGUUGCAUCAGCACUGCCUCGCCCUUCAUCACACGGCAGAAAAACACACACACGUCAGCCGUGUGAGCGCCACCUAAGAGGACUCCAAACAUCAUCCUGUGUGUGUGUGUGUAUGAGAGAGAGAGAUCACAUGAAAUGCAAACUUUGAAGAA